CAGCAGGGCGAGCCAGAGCGGCGGGGGCGGCCGCGGGAGCAGCAGGAUGUACACGGCCGGCUUGGCCCCCUUCUACGCCUCCAACUUCAGCCUCUGGUCAGCGGCAUACUGCACGCCGGCGGGCCCGGCCACUGGCGGCUGCUUCCCCUUGGAUCCCGCUGGGAUCAAGAAGCCCUCGUUCUGCAUCGCCGACAUCUUACACGCCGCUGCCGCCGCCGGGGAGGAAGGCCUCGGCGGGAGCUCUUCGGCCAACCUGACAGCCCACCUCGGCGCCGUCCACGCCCACGCCCAGUUCCACGCCGCCGGGUCCCCACUCAGGCCCAGCCCCGUGGUGGCUCCGGACUCUUCCGUCGCUUUCCCCGCGAGGCUCUCGGCCGGCUACUCGCAUCCCCAGCACCUCCGAUCUCCCACCGGGACGUCUCCGGUCCCAGGCCGGGGACAAAGCCACCCGACUCAUCCCGCCUUGGUGCCGGCUCCGUCCAGCAAAGACUUGAAAUUUGGGAUUGAUCGCAUUUUAUCCGCCGAGUUUGACCCGAAAGUCAAGGAAAGCAACACGCUAAGAGAUCUGACCUCCUUGUUAGCCAGCAGCCGCCAAAGCGGGGUUCACAUCCCCAGCUUGCAGCCUUCGGCCGGCCAGUUCUUCGCCUCUCUAGAGCCCCUAAACGAGGCCUCCGGGGUCUUGGGGCCCUUAAACACCACCCCCCGGAGUUCAGUGCAGCACCAGUUUCAAGACACUUUUCCAGGCCCCUACGCGGUGCUCACCAAAGACACCCUGCCGCAAACCUACAAGCGGAAGCGUUCCUGGUCCCGCGCGGUUUUUUCCAAUCUCCAAAGGAAAGGUCUGGAGAAGCGCUUCGAAAUCCAGAAGUACGUCACCAAGCCGGAUCGGAAGCAGCUGGCGGCCAUGUUGGGCCUCACAGACGCGCAAGUGAAAGUCUGGUUCCAGAACCGGCGUAUGAAGUGGAGGCACUCCAAGGAGGCGCAGGCGCAGAAGGACAAAGAGAAGGAGCCGGUCGAGAAGGCAGCAGGAGGCGCUGCGCCUGCAGGGGAGGGCGAGCCGGAGAGCAGCCCGAGCCGCUCGGAAGGCGAGAGCGAGAGCAGCGAGGCCGAGUCUUUGGAGCUGGAGCCGGGCAGCGACCUCGAACGGACUGAGGCCGGGGCCGUUGCGGAUCAGCCCCUGCAGCAACACUCUGCCGCCAUUAGUCCGCAGUUGCAACACCCCGCCGAAUGCGAGACUGCCGACCGGCCCGAGCCGCUCUCGGUUCCCUCCAGCCUGGAUCAAGGCCGAGAAGCUCUGCGGCGCCCCGAGCCCCCCUUUGGCCUGCGGGAGUCGCCCUGAUGACCUUUCCUGGGACAGCCACCGGCUGGAAGCCCCGGCCCGCCCCAGGCGAUCGAUCGCCCUCGGAGAACUGCCGAGGGCCCCGGUGCCUCCCCCAGGGCAGCUGUGUUGUAGGCGGGGAGAGUGGCGGGGACUAGACUGAGGAACUCUCCAAGGCCGGGAGAAGAUGAGCCGGCCGAUCGGUGCGUGUCUGGCCCUGUACAGUUAGGAGGGAAGCCCGCCGGUAGCCCAGGGGAAAGGCGGGUUGGUCUCCGAGGGGGCCUUCGCGUGGAAGGAAAAGCUCCCGUCGCCGCCAGGGGGAAUCAGCCACAGGUCUCGGGUGCCUGGCCGGGCUACUCCCCGCUCUCUUCACCAGGUGCAGCGCUCUCUCCAACCCAGCACCCGCAGACCCUUCCCAAAUGUGUUGCAUUGUAUAAUCCGGCCUAGAAACACUGCACUGAAGAGAAAAAAAAGUAGACUGUAAAUAAAUUGUUUGCUAAAUUU